AUGGCGUCGGGGCGGCGGGGCUGGGACCGCUCCCACGAGGACGACCUGCCGGUGUACCUGGCGCGGCCGGGCAGCGCGGCGCAGGUCCCGCGGCAGAAGUCGGGCGGCAUGUUCUGCAGCGUGGAGGGCGCCUUCGAGAGCAAGACGCUGGACCUGCGCGCGCUGAGCGUGGGCCAGCGGGGCGCGCGGGGCGCGGGGGGCGCGGGGGGCCGCGGCCCGGCGGCGGCGGCGGCGGAGGGGGAGGCCGGGGACCCCGCGCCCCCCGCGCCGCCCGCGCCGCCCGCCCGCGUGGAGAUCCGCGCCGCCUCCGGCAAGGAAGCCCUGCAGAACCUGGGCGCCCAGGGCCAGAGCGACCGUCUCCUUAUCAAGGGAGGCAGAAUCGUCAACGAUGAUCAGUCCUUUUACGCUGAUAUUUACAUGGAGGAUGGCUUGAUAAAGCAAAUCGGAGACAACCUGAUCGUCCCCGGAGGCGUGAAGACCAUCGAGGCCAACGGGAAGAUGGUGAUCCCCGGGGGCAUCGACGUGCACACCCACUUCCAGAUGCCCUACAAGGGGAUGACCACGGUGGACGACUUCUUCCAGGGCACCAAGGCGGCCCUGGCGGGCGGCACCACCAUGAUCAUCGACCACGUGGUGCCCGAGCCCGAGUCCAGCCUGAGCGAGGCCUACGAGAAGUGGCGCGAGUGGGCGGACGCCAAGAGCUGCUGCGACUACGCCCUGCACGUGGACAUCACGCGCUGGACCGACAGCGUGCGGCAGGAGGUGCAGAGCCUCGUCAAGGACAAGGGGGUGAACUCCUUCAUGGUGUACAUGGCCUAUAAGGAUCUGUAUCAAGUGUCCAACACCGAGCUCUACGAGAUCUUCACCUGCCUGGGGGAGCUGGGCGCCAUCGCGCAGGUCCACGCUGAGAACGGGGACAUCAUCGCUCAGGAGCAAUCCCGGAUGCUGGAGAUGGGGAUCACGGGCCCGGAAGGCCACGUGCUGAGCAGACCCGAAGAGCUGGAGGCGGAGGCGGUGUUCCGCGCCAUCACCAUCGCCAGCCAGACCAACUGCCCCCUGUACGUCACCAAGGUCAUGAGCAAGAGUGCCGCGGACCUCAUCUCCCAAGCCAGGAAGAAAGGGAAUGUGGUCUUUGGGGAACCCAUCACCGCUAGCCUGGGAAUCGACGGGACCCACUACUGGAGCAAGAACUGGGCGAAAGCGGCCGCCUUUGUGACCUCGCCGCCCCUGAGCCCCGACCCCACCACGCCCGACUACAUCAACUCCUUGCUGGCCAGCGGGGAUCUGCAGCUCUCCGGCAGUGCCCACUGCACCUUCAGCACCGCCCAGAAGGCCAUCGGGAAGGACAACUUCACAGCCAUCCCCGAGGGCACCAACGGGGUGGAGGAGCGCAUGUCCGUCAUCUGGGACAAGGCCGUGGCCACGGGGAAGAUGGACGAGAACCAGUUCGUGGCCGUGACGAGCACCAACGCCGCCAAGGUCUUCAACCUGUACCCUCGCAAGGGCCGGGUGUCCGUGGGCUCGGACAGCGACCUGGUCAUCUGGGAUCCCGACGCCGUGAAAAUCGUCUCCGCCAAGAGCCACCAGUCGGCCUCCGAGUACAACAUCUUCGAGGGCAUGGAGCUGCGCGGGGCGCCGCUGGUGGUCAUCUGUCAGGGCAAGAUCAUGAUGGAGGACGGCAACCUGCACGUGACGGCGGGCGGCGGCCGCUUCGUCCCCUGCGGCCCCUUCUCCGACUACGUCUACAAGCGCAUCAAAGCCCGGAGGAAGAUGGCGGACCUGCACGCCGUCCCCAGGGGCCUGUACGACGGGCCGGUGUUCGAUCUGACCACCACCCCCAAAGGAGGGACCCCCGCGGGCUCCACCCGGGGCUCCCCCACGCGGCCGAACCCGCCCGUGAGGAACCUGCACCAGUCGGGGUUCAGCCUGUCAGGCACCCAAGUGGACGAGGGCGUCCGCUCGGCCAGCAAGCGCAUCGUGGCGCCCCCCGGAGGCCGCUCCAACAUCACCUCGCUGAGCUAAGCCGCUCCCCCCUCCCGCCCCCCCCCGCCCUCCCCCCCAAAGAGGAGGAGAGCCCGCGC